AUGGCCCAACAGAAGAAGCAGCAGAUCACCUUUGAGGAUUACCUCGGUGUGACUGAGGCUGCGUUUGAGUGGGCUGACAGCUACGACUCCAAGGACUGGGACCGUCUGCGAAGAUGCAUUGCUCCCACCCUGCGGAUUGACUACCGGUCGUUCCUCGACAAGAUCUGGGAGGCCAUGCCGGCCGAGGAGUUCAUCAGCAUGAUUUCGGACAAGUCAGUGUUGGGCAACCCCCUUCUGCGCACGCAGCACUUCAUUGGCGGUGCCAGCAAGUGGGAGAAAGUGUCCGACGACGAGAUUAUUGGUUACCAUCAGCUCCGCGUGCCGCACCAAGUCUACACAGACUCGUCCCUAUCCAAGGUGGAGGUCAAGGGCCACGCCCACAGCCACAACACUCAUUACUACAAGAAGGUCAAUGGCGUGUGGAAGUUUGCCGGGCUGAACCCCAACAUCCGGUGGUUCGAGUAUGACUUUGACAAGGUGUUUGCAAGUGGUCGCGACAACUUUGGUGAGCACUGA